CAUCAGUUAGAACGUAUUCCCCAAACAUUUUCUAAACACGUAGCACUUCUCUAUGAUAAUUUUCACGAAGUUACUAAUGAAAUUAAGGAACAUAUUCCACUCAUUGAUAAAAGAUAUCAUGAUAUUAAAAUAGGAAACAGGGAGAUUGACUGUGUACAAUACGAGUUAUUACGGAUAGUCUUGCAAAUAUACUCUGAUGAUUUCGUAAAGUUAAAAGAAUGUUAUCGUAUGAUGGUCUCUAACAAGAUAAGCAUAGCCACGCCUACACGUGCAAACUUUUGCAUGAAAAACAAUCUACUUGCUAGUUGUUUUAUUGCAAGGAUAAAAGGAGAUUCGAUCGAAGGAAUAGAUGAAAGUCUAAAAGAUAUAGCCCUGAUAUCAAAGAAUUGUGGUGGGAUUGGAAUCGAUAUUAGUGACAUCCGUGCAAAUGGUGAUUAUAUUAAAGGAUCUAAUGGAUAUUCUUCCAGUGUAUGUAGAAUGCUUCGUGUUUAUAAUGAAACGGCCAAAUUCGUUGACCAGGGAGAGGAGUUUUUACAAAUCCGCCAUGAGUCACAGGUACCAGAGUUACGUACAACAGAUCUGAAUCACUGUAUUGCUAUUCCAGAUAGAUUUAUGGUACGCAUUCAAGAUGAUGAUUAUUGGACUAUCUUUUUACCCAUGGAUGCAAAGAUAUCACUAGGAUAUGACCUAAACAGAUUAUAUGGUCAGGAAUUCAAUGAUGCAUAUAUUCGUUGUGAG